UUUCUGGAGGUCGACUGUUGGAAAGGAGAAGGGUCAUCUGGAAAAUCCUAUUUUCUUGUUUUUAGACAAAGCAAGUGGCACACCUAAUAUCUAAACUCACAUGGUAAAGGCCGGUUGAGAAUUUUUGGGGAAACAAUCCUUUGUUGGCACGCCCGGUGGGACAACCAGCAGGGUGUAUCAGUUAAAGUUCAUGGAUCCUCUGUUCAUACAUCCAGAGGUGUCUGGAGCCAUGCCACCAAGAAAGAGCAAAGAUAAAGAGGUUCAACCAGCCCAGGCUGAACAUGCAGAUGACAGUCCAGUCUACUCGGAGGGUGAGAAUGAUCCAGUUGUUCCUCUCCUUUUGUCACCCUUUGUGGAGCAAUCAUAUGGCAAUCUAGUUUUCAAGGAAAGGGAUGCAUACUGCAAAGAUGAAUUAGCGAAGUCAUGUAAUCAUGAUGAGGUGAUGAGACAAUGUAUGGUUGAAUGGAGAUGGGUUUUCAAAGAAGGCACUAGGGUGAUAUGUGAGACUGGAGAGGAGAGUCGUAGAACACUGCAGGCUGUUUCAGAACAAGUAGUUGAGCAAGGCAAAGAUAGCAUGAACCAAUGGAGGCUGCUGCUUCUGUUGCAGACCAUGGCCAUCAACCUCAGUACAGGUAUAUUCCGCCAAGUAGGAGGGGAAAUGUGGGUCCUCAUCAUCAAUCAUGCCCAAGGGACUUUUUCCGGCCACAAGUUCCUCCAGCCCAGUCGGCCAGCCUUGAGACCAUUGGUACGUCUAGCCUACAAGAAGCCUUAUCCAGACAUCAUCGAUCAUGAAAAUCCUUUUCCAAAGGGUUUUAAAGUGCCUGAGUUCACUUUAUUUUCUGGUGAGAAUGGUCUGGACAUUGAGCUCCAAAAGAAAUUUGAGGGGAUGGAAUUCCGAGACUUCUAUGAAUUGUCUUAUAAAGUGGCUCAAUAUGAAAAUCUGCUGAAAGAAGAUGUUCAAAAGAAAGUAGCAUCACAUGGAACCUAUUUUGAUCUUGAUGUGGCUGAGGUGGUUAUAGACAAGCCUGUUGUUUGUCCAGACCUUGUCAGACCAACUCACCAGCCUGAAACGUCUGUGAGACAUUAUGUUGACAAAGUGAAGGAAACCAUAGGAGUAAAUGCAGAUCCUUUUCCAACUGUGCCUGUUGGCGUGAAUGUUGCAGACCUCAGGAGUGUUGCCAGAAAUCGUAGUUUGCCUUAUGCUCAAAGGAAGCUUGUUGUUGAAGACUUGAGGUGGGUCAUUGAGACGCAAAGAUCUAGACAUAACAAGAGCGUUAGCGCAAAAGGGUUGAAGAGUGAAAAAGGCAACAGAAGCAAGUGGAGGCUGAGGGGAAGUUCAUCUUGCAGACCACGCCAACCUACCAAAAGGAACAUGGUGUGGGUGAGAAAAGAGAAAAACGGAAAUGUAACCCAGACUUUACUAGAGGGGGAUAACCAAUCUCCAGCUUCUCCAAAGGUGGCAUCUGUCAUUGAGGACAUGGCUGACAAAAUAGUGUUUGAAAAACCAGAAGAAAAGAUGGCCAGACACAUUAGGCCACUUUAUAUCAAUGCUCACAUGGAUGGGACUCCAAUCAAUCGUGUCUUGCUGGAUAAUGGAGCCGCAGUCAAUGUCCUUCCAACUUGCAUGCUUUACAAAAUAGGCAAGUCUCUUGAUGAUUUAGUGCAUACUGAGGUUACAAUUAGUGAUUUUACAAGAGGGGUGAAUCGUUCAAGGGGUGUGCUGCUUGUUGAAUUAACAGUGGGAAAUAGGACACUGAUGUCUGCAUUUUUCAUGGCGGAUACUGUUGCUACUUACAAUGCACUUUUGGGGCGUGACUGGAUUCAUUCAAAUAAUAAGCCUUUUUCAGCCAAUACUCACUUAGUGGAGGCUAGAUAUUAUGAAGAAGACAUUGGUACCAUUCGAUUUUUUGGGAUGGAUAGACAUGGGAAGCCGAUUGGGAUAACAGCAUGUAGCAGACCGUCAUUGUCCAAGCGUGUUGUAGAGGAAGUCUCAAGCACGUCUGAGACAAGGAAGAGAAAAGGCCGUGUUGGAAUAACAAAGAAAUUAACGGCCUAUUUUGCUGAAAAGGCAGUUCAAGUGGACAGGUCUAAAAUUGUUCAUGAAGGUGAGGAGGCAGACCAGGGUGAUGAAAUAACUUUGGAGGAGCUGGAUCUUGCCCCAGCCAAGUUGGAUGAUUUAAAAGCUGAAGUUCAAGACCCACUGGAGGAGAUCAAUCUAGGGUCUGAAAAUGAGCCAAAGGUAACAUUUAUUAGCGGCUCUCUUAAGCCGCAGACACGAGAUCAAAUUGUCAAACUUUUGCAUGAAUUUAAAGAUUGUUUUGCUUGGGAUUACUCAGAAAUGCCAAGUCUAGAUCGAAAAUUGGUGGAACAUAAACUACCAAUUGCAGAAGGAUUCAGACGCAUGUCUGCAGAGGUCACCUUGAAGGUGAAAGAAGAAAUUGAGCGGCUAGCAAAAGCUGGAUCCAUUCGGACAUGCAGACUUGCUGUGGGUUGUGAUGCCAUUUGGUCUGAAGAAUGCUGGAGCUACUAUCAAAGAGACAUGAAUGCAAUUUUUCAUGAUAUGAUUGGUAAAUUCAUGGAAAUCUACAUUGAUGAUGUUGUGGUGAAGUCACACGGGGAAGAGGACCACCUGAUCCAUUUGAGGAAGUCUUUUGAGCGGAUGAGGCAACAUGGCUUGAAAAUGAACCCGUUAAAAUGUGCCUUUGGAGUGUCUGCAAGUAACUUCCUUGGGUACUUGGUGCAUGAGCGUGGUCUGGAGGUUGACAAGAACAAAGCCAAGGCUGUGAUUGAGGCAAAACCACCACAGAACAAGAAGGAGUUGCAGAGAUUUUUUGGCCAAGUUAAUUUCUUAAGACGUUUCAUUUUUAACUUGGCUGGGAAAACCAGAGUCUUUUCUCCUCUAUUGAAACUCAAGUCUGAGGCGGAUUUUAAGUGGGAAGAACACCACCAGUCUGCCUUUGAUAUGAUAAAGCGGUACUUAUCCAGACCACCAGUAUUUGUAUCACCUGCUGUCAAGGGACAAGCACUGGCAGACUUUCUUGCAGAUCAUCCAUGUUUGGAAGUGGAAGCAGAUGAAGAAAAAGGGAUUAACUUGCUUUCAAUAAGUUUAGUUCCUUGGAAACUUGUUUUUGAUGGUUCUAGUACAGAAACCAUGUCUGGAGCUGAAGUCGUGGUUAUUUCCCCGUCUGGGCUAAAAACACAAAUGUCUUUCCAACUGGAUUUCAAUUGUACGAAUAAUCAAGCGGAAUAUGAAGCUUUGAUUAAUGGUUUUGAGAUGUUGGUGGAGCUUAAAGUAUCCAUGGUUGAGAUUAUAGGGGACUCACAACUAGUCUUGAAACACGUGCCUAGAGACCAGAACUAUGAAGCUAAUGAAAUGGCCCAGGUUGCUUCAGGAGAGGCCAUGAUGAACUACUACUGCGUUGUUUGGAUCCGGAUGAAAGUUUUCAGAUGUUCUCUGAUGUCCAUGAUGGGAUUUGUGGUGCACACCAGGCUGGGAUCAAUAGUUGAAAAGCGUAGUCUGCCAUCAAUUCAUCAAUGUGGCAUGACAGUUUCUACUUGCAGCAUUGAUGAUGAAAGUUUUCAGAUGUUCUCUGAUGUCCAUGAUGGGAUUUGUGGUGCACACCAGGCUGGGAUCAAGAUGGGUUGGCUGAUUCGUAGACAUGGUUUCUUCUGGCCGUCCGUCCUAAAAGACUGUAUUGCUUAUGCUAAGGGUUGCAAAUCUUGUCAGAUCCAUGGGCCACUUCAAAGAGUUACAGCCUCUGAACUUAAUUCUAUUGUGAAAUCGUGGCCAUUUCGAGGCUGGGCUAUUGACUUGAUUGGUAAGGUGUACCCCCCUUCAUCAAAAGGUCAUUCAUUUAUUAUAGUGGCAACGGAUUAUUUUACCAAAUGGUUGGAGGCUAAACCAAUGAAGAAGGUAGAUCAAUCUAAUGUAAUCAAGUUCAUCAAAGAGGGCAUCGUUCACAGAUUUGGUAUGCCAGAAACAAUUACAACAGACCAAGGCACAGUUUUUGUCAACCAUCAAGUGGAGGCAUUUGCAAAGGAAAUGGGUUUCCGUCUGUUAAAUUUUACUCCACAUUAUGCACAAGCUAAUGGGCAAGCGGAGGCUUCUAAUAAGGUGGUGAUUAAUUUGCUUGAAAAAAUGGUGGAUGACAACCCAGACGCUGGCAUGAACUAUUUUCUGAAAUAUUAUAAACACUUUGCCUCCUUGUUAACCAAAGUUGCAGUCUCAUCAGCCACAGUUUUACGAGCAGGCUCAGCUUUCCCUAUAGCAUCUGAUUUGACUGCAAAGCGCCUACAAAAAUCUAUGAAUAUAAAAGGGAAGCGACAGAAGUUUGCUGGAUCUUCACUAACAAGCUCUUCUAAGGUCUGGAUAGCGAUGCUGAUCUGUUAUGGGCUAGGUAUUGGUGAGUCUGAGCCAAUGCUCUCAAUCACUGAUUUUCCUUUCCCUUUAAGGUGUGAUUCUCUUGACAUGGGAAGACUUGUCAAUUUCUCAAACUUGGCAAAGAUUUCAUCUUCCAUGGCAUCAUCAAUAUUAGUAGGAGUUGAGGUUACUUACCUUGGGAGUUGGAAAGCUGGCUUGAAAUGGAGUAGAUGUAAUGGAAGAUGUUGUUUUCUUGGUUUUCGGAGAGAGAUCAAUCACCUCAUUUGGGUUGAUAGUCUUGAAAUUCUUGUUAGCAAGCCGCAAGGAAGAAUGAGAGCCUCUCGUCUUAGAUGGAAGUUUUUGGAUAUCUAAAGAAGAGGAGUCUGAGUCUUCGGGGCUUGGAGACUGAUCAAUUGGGUCUUUAAUAUUGGGAUUGUGAAUUAUUUCAUUAAUCAAGCUUUGUAGACAAACAUCAACAGUUGAGGAGGCUAUGAAGGGAAAAGAUGGAAAAAUUGUGGCCAACCUUUUAGUUGAAGGAGGUUUAUAGGCUGCCCAUUUGAUACCUGCAAAUGAAUUUCAAAAGGAGUCAAUGCCCUGUAGUUUGGAAAUUUAAAGUAAAGUUUACUUUUUGAA